GGCCCAACAUGCGAAAGGGAUGUAAACGAGUGUGCGAUUUACUCAGGCACUGAUUUAGGUUGCCAGAAUGGUGGACAAUGUGUAAAUCAAUUUGGAGGCUACUUUUGCAUUUGUGCUUUCGGUUGGAUUGGUAUACAUUGCACUCAGCGUAAUGGUGACUGCUUUCAGUCUUCUGUGCGGGAACUAUGCGAACAUGGCACUUGCGUAAAUUACAAUAAUAAUUUUGGUUAUAAAUGCUUAUGUGAUCAGGGAUGGAAAACAAAUGGUUUAACUCCAGCUUGUAAUGUCGAUGUAGACGAGUGUAAAGAUUUUCAUCCACCUUGCACAACAAAAUGUCUCAAUUUACCGGGUACGUUUACAUGCACACCAUGCCCUGAAGGUCUUACUGGGAAUGGAAUAAGUUGUCAGGAUAUCGAUGAAUGUGCCAUUAGUAAUGGUGGAUGCAGUAUUGCCCCUCGUGUGAAAUGCAUUAAUACCUAUGGAUCUUUCCAUUGUGGUGAAUGUCCUUUGGGUUGGUCUGGGAAUGGAAAGGAUUGUGUUCGCAUUACCAGUAAUAAUACAAAUAAUUACGGAAGCUGUGUUGAUACAAAUAUUUGUUACCCAAACGCAACAUGUAUUGAAGUAUCUAAUAGAGUAGUUUGCAACUGCCCUAAAGGAAUGGUUGGUACUGGAAUUGGUAUAAGUGGUUGUAUACAACAAAUUCAUAACAAUUGUCAGGAUAAUCUAUGUUUGAAUGGAGGGACUUGUAUACAAUCAAAUGCAGGAGUAAGUUGUAAGUGCACAGAAGGAUUUUCACCACCUUAUUGCCAUAGCCUUCAAAAUCCAUGCUUAUCAAAUCCUUGUCACAAUGGUGGCCGAUGUAUAUAUCACUUACACACGAAUUAUUCUUGUCACUGCACUAGAGGUUUUACUGGACAGCAUUGUGAAACUCAUUCAAAUCACUGUGGAGGCUUAAUUUUCGGGACUACCGGACACCUUAAAUACCCUGACGAUAUUUUUUAUGAGCACAAUGCACAAUGUGCUUGGGUUAUUCAAACAAACGAAACGCUUGUAUUAAAUGUUACUUUCAAUUCCUUUGAUAUAGAAGAUUCCGUUGAAUGCAGAUUUGAUUGGCUACAAGUUAAUGAUGGACAUACUGCAGCUUCUAACAUCAUUGGACGGUUUUGUGGCCGUUAUCCACCUUUAGGUGGCAAUUUUCUCUCUACUACAAAUGAAUUAUAUUUGUGGUUUAGGUCAGAUAACUCUACGGCAAAAGAAGGGUUUGAUUUAACAUGGAACUCAAUAUUACCUGAAUGCGGAGGAAUUUUUAAUAUUAGCAGUUACGGUUCAAUUUCAACACCAGGUUCCCCUGGCAAUUAUCCAAAAAAUAGAAAUUGUCGCUGGAUCUUGCGAGCACCAACUAAUAAAAGAAUAAAAUUAACUUUUUUUAGCUUAAGAAUAGAAAAUCAUGAUAGUUGCAGAUUUGAUUACGUUGAGAUAGUAGAUUCAAUUUCAAAUAUGCUUCUAGAAAAGUUUUGCAAUAGUUCAAAUCCUGGGUCGUUUCUGUUUUCAACCAAUGAAUUAGUAAUUAAUUUUCAUUCUGAUAAUAUAGGAGCUGAUACAGGAUUUCAAAUUUAUUACUCCACAGAGGAUAGUGUUUCAGGAUGUGGAGGAACUUUUACAACAAGAAAUGGAAUAAUUUCAUCUCCGAAAGAUUUUCACGGCUUAGUAUCUUGUGAGUAUGAUAUUAAAAUGUUAACGGAUGAAUCGAUUGUCAUCGAAUUUGUUAAAUAUGAAAUGGGUCCAGAUGAUUGUGUAGAGUUUUAUGAUGUCGACGUUAUUCCAAAUUCAUAUAUAUUACAAAGAAAAUUUUGCGGGGAUUACGAAAUAACGCCUUCUUCAUUUAGUUCCUACCUAAAUUAUGUACACAUUAAAUACUAUUCACACGGAGGAGAAUUUGUGUUAAAAUACGAAGCAGAAUGUUCCUAUACAUUCCAAAAAGAGAAAGACAUUGUCAUAUCUUCUGGGUAUCCGGAGUUUAAUAAUAGGAAUCGUUUUUGUUCAUAUAAAAUACUUAUGGAACCAAAUGCUGUUAUAUCACUCAAUUUCCUUGAUUUUGAUCUUCAAGAUAAUAGUAAUGAUGGCGAGAACUGCAUGUCCACAUAUCUUGAAAUAAACGACGGCCGAUCAGAUAUUCUUGGUCCUUUUUGUAAUAAUUCAAAGCCACCAAAUGAUAUCGUUUCUAAGAGUAACCUGGUCUUAUUAAAUGUUAAAAGUAGUACAACAAGCUGGGGUAGAGGCUUCAAAAUUAAUUAUAUUAAAAUUCCUUUGAGCAGUGUUGGAUGCGGUGGAGUAUACACUAAACCUGGUUCUAUUAUACGUGUACCAACUGGAGAUGAUGGCACAUAUGAAAAUGACAUUGAAUGUUACUGGACUAUAAUGGCUCCAGUUAAUAAUGGCAUAAUAAUAACAUGGCUUUCAUUUCAUAUAGAAAAGACAACCGAUUGUAUUUAUGAUUAUUUAGAAAUUUACGAAAAUUUUACAAACAGUGAUUCUUCUAGAGCUCUAGGAAGAUAUUGCGGAACAUCAAAACCACCAACAUUUUUAAGCCAUUCAAAUGUUUUAACCAUAAAAUUCGUAUCAGAUUAUUCUGAUGUUGCUGAAGGAUUUUCCGCUUCAUAUAAUUUUGUAGAUAAAUUAAAUCAAUGUGGUGGAAACAUUUUUUCUUCUAGUGGUACAUUAUUUUCACCUGGUUGGCCUAAUAAUUAUACUAAUGGACUGGACUGUGACUGGAUUGUAUCAACACCCCCAGCAACGCAAAUAGAAUUACAAAUAGAUAUAUUUGAUGUAGAAUAUACAGAAAAUUGUGCAAAUGAUUGGAUUGAAAUCAGGAAUGGCGGUUCAUCAAAUUCUACUCUAAUUGGAUACUUUUGUGGCAAAAAUGCACCUCGUUAUGUUCCAUCAUUUACAAAUCAAAUUUACUUACAUUUUCAUUCAGAUAGAUUCUUGACCGGACAUGGCUUUCAAAUAAGUUGGAAAGUUUAUUCAAAUGGAUGUGGUGGAGAUAUUAUAAGUGAACUUGGAGUUAUAACUUCACCCUAUUAUCCAAAUCCUUAUCCAAAUAAUGCUGAAUGUGAAUGGCGAAUACAUGUUCACAAAGGAUCUUUUAUUCAAAUUACCAUAGAAGAUAUGUCUAUGGAGGAACUAUUGCAAUGCAAUUAUGAUAGUUUGGAUGUAUUCGAUGGUUUAACUGUAUACGACUUAUCUUUGGCUCAUAUAUGUACUUUAAAGUAUGGAAUGCCCUUACAGAUAAAUACUUCUGGUAAUGAAGCCCUAAUUCGUUUUAAAACAGACAGUAGUAGUUCUGAACGCGGAUUUUUUUUAUCAUAUUUUUCUAAUUGUACUAAUAUUCUAAAAAGUUUUCAUGGUGUAAUUGAAAGCCCAAAUUUUAAUAAUUCAUAUUACAAAAACGAUGUUAAUUGCUCUUGGACCAUUGAGGGUUUCAAAGGAAAUUUCAUAUCACUUGAAUUUACGCAUUUUGAAAGUUCAGGUUAUAAAUUGUACUUUGAAGACAUAUUGAAAAACGAGUCUGUGUUUCACACUGUAGAUAAAGAUCAAAGCUUUACAUCUAUUGGUAAUGUUUUAAUCAUUAAACUAAAUAGCAGCUUUAUUAACUUUCGAUUGGAGUACUCCAUAAUGGGUUGCAUAGAAGUUUUAAGUCGGAACGAAGGAUAUCUUACAUCACCAUUAUUUCCAAAAAUGUAUCCUAAUGAUGUAGAAUGUUUAUGGGAAAUAAGAACCACAAUAGGGCAAGGUAUAGAACUAACAAUACAUGAAUUGGAUAUAGAAGUGUCUGUCAAUUGUUCCAAUGAUGCAUUACAGGUUUCCACUUUUUUAAAUGGAAACAAUACUAGCGAAAGACAUUGUGGAAAGCAAAAAAAAAUUGUUAUUACCAGUUCCAGUAAUCAUUUAUUUGUUCGCUUUUUCAGUAAUGCUGAAAAUAAUGGAAAAGGAUUCAAUGCAACUUAUACCACCAUUAAAUCACAAUGUGGUGGUGUUAUGAAGGGCAGAGCUGGAGUUAUACAGUCUCCAAACUAUCCUCUUAGUUACCCAGCUAAUUCUGAUUGUGAAUGGAUUAUAGAAGUUACGCAACAUCAUACGAUAACGCUGGUAUUAGAAGAUCUUGAUUUAGAAAACUUUUAUGAUUGCGAAAUGGAUUUUAUUGAAGCGAUAGAGCAAAUUGGUGAUGAUUUUAAAGAACAUCAGUUGUUUAAAAAAUGUGGGUCUAUGGAUACAGAUCUCAUUACUAAUACUCAUUCAAAUUUAGCUAUUAUAAGAUUUAAAAGUGAUUACAGUAACGAAGGAAAAGGGUUUAAGUUGAGUUUUAAAGAGAAUUGCGGUGAGAGUAUUGUUAUAGAUGAAAAUGACUUCGAUAUUAUUGAAAUAAAUGGAUAUGGUCACUUGAAUGCAACAUGUAAUUGGCAAAUUAUAUCUAAAGACUUAUCAAAGCAUAUUUUAUUAACACCUACGCAUAUUCAAUUAAAUCCAAUGAUAAUGUCGUCUUACCAAUCAGAGAGGGAUUGUGCUAAUAUUGGAGCAAAGAUAUAUGAUGGACUCAGUAUCAUUUCGCCAUUACGAUCACAAUUUUGCGCAUCUCAUCCAGCUGCAAUUAUUUCUAAUGGACAUGCAUUAACUAUAGUUGUACCUCUUAAUGUAAUAAUUGAGUUUGAAGCAGAAUAUAUGAUCAUGGACAACUAUUGUGGUGGAAAUUAUCAUUCAAUAAUGGGUAAAUUUGCGUCACCAUAUUAUCCUUCAUCAUAUCCUGUUAACAUAGACUGCAUCUGGUAUAUUGAGGCAAGCGCUGGCAAUGCAAUCGUUCUUACAAUAGAAAUUUUCAGUAUAGAAAAUUCAGAUGAAUGCAAUAAAGAUUAUUUUGAAAUACGUGAAAAUGAUUCUAGAGGUCGACUGUUGGGAUUGUUUUGUGGAUCUGAAAUUCCAGUGCAAAUUGACGGUUCAAGAAUAUUAUGGAUAAAUUUCAAAAGUGACAGUAAUGUUGUGGGAAAGGGAUUUUUAGCUUCAUACAAUUACAAAACUCACAAUGAAGUUAGUGGGCCUAACGGUACUAUAGAGUCUCCAAAAUAUCCCACCAAAUUUGAGUCUAGAAAUGAGUACAGUUGGAGAAUCACAGUAGACAAAGAUUUUGUUGUAUUAGUUUCAAUUAAAUAUAUCAUUGAUAUUGAUAUACCUUUUCUUAAAUUCUAUGAUGGAUAUUCGGAUAUUGGUACACAAAUUGACUAUAGUGCUACAUACUAUGUGCGUUCAAGCACAAAUAUUUUAUUCUUAACCUCAACUCGUGGUCCUUUUUAUAUAGAAUGGGAGAGAUUAUCUAAAGAGGCAUUACGUACUAAUCGAAGUGCAGAAGAGGUUGCGGACUCUUGUGGCAUAUCACUAAUAAGAAUUGAUGCGCCUUUGAUAUUUAACUCUCCUGGCUAUCCAACUGGUUAUGGCAGUAAUCUUAAUUGCAGCUGGAUUAUAAUUCCUAACCAUAUUACUACUCACAUAAGUGCCCAAUUUAGAGUGAUGGAUUUGGAAGAUUUUGCAGAAUGUAUGGCGGAUUAUGUAACAGUUUCAACAAGCAGUGACUUGAAGAAUUGGGUUCAAAUAACAAAGCUUUGUCGCAACAAUGUACCUGAAACUUCUUUAUUCCAUGGAACACCUUAUUUACGACUUGAGUUCAUAACUGAUUCCAGUAUAAAUAAAACUGGUUUUUCUAGUUACUUACGUACAGUAUGUGGCUCUGAAAUCACUUCAUCAAAGGGAUUUAUUAACAUCACUGAUCUUAACAUUACUACAAAUGCCGAGUCCUGUCUUUGGUUAAUUCGUGUUCGACAAAGUCAGCGAAUUCGUUUAUUCUUCUUAGAAUCGGAAAUAAAAAGCAAUUCUGGUUCCCAAUAUUGUUCUACUUAUUUUGUAGUUAGAAAUGGCAUUAACGAAGAUUCUCCUUUCUUGGGUAAAGGAAAAUAUUGCGAAAAUAAUAUAACAGAUAUAUUAGAAACUUCAAGUAAUAAAUUAUAUGUGAAAUUUGUACACACUGAUUCAUUUCCAUUCAAAGCAUCAUUUCAUUAUGAAGAAAUACAUAACACAUGCUCAAGAAAAAUAACAUUAAGUAAAGAUUCAAUAAUAGAUCAAGUUACCACAAUAAGUACUCCAAAUUAUCCUAACAUACCUAACCCGCAUUCGGAAUGUAUUUGGAAAAUAUCUGCACCAAUUCAUCACACAAUUGCAGUAGAUUUCUUUGAAAAAUUUGAUUUAGCAGAAGGUACUGCUACAGGAAAAACUAAGUGCGAUCGUGAAUUCGUUCAACUGAAUGAUGGGGCUACAGAACUAAUGCCAAUUAUAGGUUCAUAUUGUGGUACAAUCAAGCCAGACACUAUAUAUACCUCGGGUAAUAAUUUACGUAUUAAAUAUUUUACCGAUAUGACUGAACCACAUAUCGGAUUUAUUGCAAAUAUUUCUAUUGGAAUUUGUGGUGGAUCUUACUACUCUUUUCAAGGUAUUAUAAAUUCUCCAGUAAUAUUAAAUUUUCGCAAAAACGAAAAAUGGAUUGAAUGCACAUACAAAGUUGAAGUAAACGAGGGAUACAUGAUUAAAAUUGAAUUUAAUAAAUUACAGCUGCCAAUUUCAACAAAUUGUUCCGAAGUAACACACUUAGAAUUAGUUGAUAUUGACGCAAAUUUGGACACAAAAGAUUUAAUAAAAAACUCGCAAAAAAUAUGUGGUGACUAUCAAGAAGAUAUUAUAAUAGAAUCUAAUAAACUAAAAUUAAAUUAUAAAAUAAGAGAAAGCGUUUCCUCAAAUAAUUUAUUUAAGAUAAGUUACUCUUCAAUAGGGUCAAGAUGUGGUGAGACGAUUAUUGCUGAUCGUGGAAUCUUACAAACGCCGGGAUAUCCUAAUGGUAUCAUGAAACCAACACAUUGUAUUUGGCGCGUUAAAGCAACAAAAGGCAAGCGCAUUAAAAUGGAGCUCCUUGAUUUUGAUACUGGAGAAGUAGCAAAUGCAAGUAGUUCAACUGGUUUUCGUGGAAGAGUGUCAUUUUCUAAUGAUUUUCAUAUGCUUUCGAUUAUCUCUCGUGUAUGGCAAAAUCCUCCAACUACAUUAUAUUCCACUGAUAAUUUAUUAACAGUUGAUGUGUUUUUACUUUCAAUUAAUAAACAUCGCGGUAUAAAACUAAGAUUCACUUCAGAUGAGGAGUCUCAAGUUUGUCCAUCUGUAACUAAUUUAUCAAAUCACGGAGUAUUUAAUUUUAAAGGAAAUGAAAACACCUCCAUUUAUUGCAAUUAUUACUUGAAAAUGAAUAUUAAUACAACAUUAGUUCUUCAAGUUGUUAAUUUGCAAAAAUAUGAUAACUCAACAUACUUGAACUCCCGUACAUGUAGAUUUUUCUCUCCAAUAAAAUUGACGUUUGUUAAGGAUCAUCUUUCACCAGACUUCUUAUGCAAAAAUGAGUUGCAGCCGUCUAUAAAGUUACCUUUCCCAGUUACUUUUGAAAUUUACGGCGAUAAAAGAAAUAGUUUACGAGAGCUUGAAAUAAAUUACACAACAUAUAAUUGCGGAGGUGUUUUUUCUUUACGUUUGGGUGACAGCUUAACAAUAAAUUUACCUAAUAUUACGAAUUUCAGUGGCAAACUUGAGUGUGCUUGGGCAAUAUGGCCAAAUGAAAAUAUCAAUUUGGAUUAUACAUCUGAUAUUGACUAUUGGAUAGAAGGCAUGCAAAUUGAAUUUUUCAUUUCAAUAAAUUUUAUAAAUAAAUGUGAAGACGAAUACAUAUCAAUUUUUAAUGGACCCAAUCAAAAUUCUCCCCAUUUAGGACGUUUUUGCAAUCAGCAAUUCAUUUCUAAUUUAGUAACUGAAAGAGGUUUAUUCUUUGAAUAUUUUACGAUUAAGUAUGAAAAUCAGUCGACCUUAAAUGUCACUGUUAAAGAAGGCAGUGGAUGUGGAGGUAUACUCACAUAUCCAUACAGAGAUAUUAAUUUUAACGAACAAUACAAAAACAAUGUUGAAUGUAUUUGGGAAAUAUCCACCAAACCCGGUUUUCAUUUAGGACUUGUCUUUUUACACCGUUUCUUUAUUGAAUACAGUUCAGGCUGUACAAAAGAUUACUUGAAGGUACAACAGAAAAACAUGAACGGCAGCUGGGAAGAUAUUAAAAAAAUUUGUGGAAGAGAUCCCCCAAACUUUGUCAAUACCACCACAUCUGAAAUGCGCUUAAUAUUUAAGUCGGAUGGCGAUAUUAUCGCAGAUGGAUUUACAGCCCAAAUUCAACAAAACUGUGGAGGUAUCUUAUUUGCAACUUCUGCAGUUCAGAAAAUUUCAAGCCCAGGAUAUCCCAAAAUGUAUGAAAAUAAUCUUUACUGCAAUUACACAAUAUUGGCAACUGAUCCUUCUAAUAAUAAUAUAAUAAUACGAUUUAUUGAUUUUCAAGUAGAGCGACCUCCUGUUUCACAAUGCAUUUUCGAUAAUGUUACCAUUGAAGCACAAGAUAAGUUAGGCAAAGUAGAUAAAAUUGUGUUAUGCGGCGUCAGUAAUAAGAAUGAGUUUCAAGCAACACGUUAUAUAUCUAUUAUCUUACAAACUGAUCAGUCAUUUGCUUAUAAAGGGUUUUUGUUAGAAUUCAGCGUUAAUAGUUGUGGUGGACGUAUAACAAAUUCUACAGUAAUUAGUUCGCCACAACAUGGUGAUAAUCAUUUUCUACCGAACUCUUUUUGCGUAUGGAACUUGACUGCGCCAAAUGCUUAUAAAAUACUUAUUAAAUUUGAAAUAUUGGAUUUUGAAGGUCAAAGUAACUGUCAGAGUAACGCUGUGGAAAUUUUUAGCGGAUUUGAAAUUAUAGAUAAUGAACGGCUUGUUAAAUUAUGUGGAAAUUUAACUGGAAAUAUGCCAAUUGUGACUAUACCAAAUAAUAAGGGAUUAAUACGAAGUUUUACAGAUAAUCGGGAUUUUUCAAAAGGAUUUAAGGCAUUAAUUAGUUUUGUCUCUAACUGUGACCAUACUAUAUUUUUAGAUUUAUCAAAUAUAACUUACGAAUUUGAUUUAUAUGCUGCAAAUUACACAAACAACUUAGAUUGCACGUAUCUAUUUACUACAAUACCUGGACGGCAGUUGCUAAUAAAAUUCACACACUUUCAUAUUGAAGACUCUUUUAAUUGUCGAAGUGAUUAUGUAGAACUUCGUGAUGGUGCUGGCCCAUUUUCUGAUGCGAUUGGCCGAUUUUGUGGAUAUUCUUUGCCAAUAGAGCUGAUAUCGUCUAGAAAUACGUUAUUUAUGCGUUUUGUAACGGACUCAAAGGUAACAAGCUCUGGGUUUAUUGCACUAUUAACUUCAGUCCCUUUAACAUGUGGUCAAAGUAAUUUGGAAAUUAUUGAAUCAAACUCAAUUGUGCUAAAAGCGCCUGAAAAAUUGGGGAACUAUUCGAUUUUGAAUUGCUUUUGGAAAAUCAAAGCAAAAAAAUAUAUUCAUAUAAAGUUUGAUCAAUUAAAUAUCAAUAAUUCAAAUGAAUCUUGCUUGGAGAGUUACAUUAAAAUUUACAAUAAAGAGGAUGCUUCAAUGGUUGAAAAGGGAUAUAGCAGUAAAGUUAUUUUUAAUGGAAGAUUUGCUCUUGAAAAUGGAAAUUUUGCCAGUGAGCACAUAUAUUGUGGUUCUCAUUUACCUGAUGAUUAUUUUUCAACAGGAAAAGAACUUUAUAUUAAGUUUCGAAGCAAUAAACAAACUUAUGACAAUAGAUUUAUUUUAACUGCGACAGAAGUCAACGGUUGUUUUCGAAAUUUUACUGGAACUCAGGGACGAAUUUUUAUUCGGGAUACUGAAGCUUUUUGUGAUAUUUAUAUAAAUGCUCCACAAAACUACUUUAUUAGUUUAUAUUAUGACGAACUAACAUUCUCAGAGUACAACUGCAGUACCGAGUAUAUAGAAAUUUUUGAUGUACAUACUAACAAAUCAUUACAGAAACUUUGUUCAUAUAUGGAACCAAGUAAAAGUCUUUUUAGCAACAGUAAUCAAUUGCGAAUGCAUAUUAUGAUGAAUGGAUUCAAUACUGAAUAUGAUGUUACUUACUUAGCCAGCAAAAAUAGUUCAGGUUGUGGAGGAAAAUUAUAUAAUACUGCUGGAAUUAUAACGAAUCCAUUUUAUCCAAACAACGUUCGUAAUAAUUCAGAUUGUCGUUGGGAUAUUCAAGUUCCUAAUAAUCUUCAUGUGUUACUUUCUUUUAAAGAAUUCGAUUUAGGCGCAAGAACGACGUGUCAUUCCGAUUAUUUAGAAAUUAUCGAAUAUGAAAAUACAACUGAAAAAGUCGUAGAUCGUUUUUGUGGCGAGGAUCAUCCUAAAAUCUAUGUCAGCAAUCACAGCUUUCUUACUAUACACUUUCAUAAGACCAUUAACUAUGAUGGAACGGGAUGGGUGAUUCGUUUCAACGGUGUUUAUGCUGACUACAAAUAUUCAACUCAAUAAAAUUUAUUUCAGUAAUUAAAAAUAAAAUAUGUAAUGCAUAUAUA